ACUUUCAGAUAUCUUAAUACUUAACGGUUUGGUAUGGAGGACUAGAACUAUUAUGUGCUGCAUAAGCGUGUACGUCCCACUAAUGUAGCUUCAUGCAGUGUAGGCAUUUUAAUUAGGUUGAAUAUAUAGAAUGCUUAUUCAAGUUGUGUUGCUAUUAUGGUCAGGUGUUCCAACGGCGAACGCGGUGUUAAAAAUCCCCAUAGGUGCAGUGUUCGAAAACCAAGGCAUCGUGGAGACUCGUGCUUUGAAAAUUGCGCUUGACGCUGUGAACGCGAUUGAUCGAAGUCAGAGAAAGUUCGAGUUGGUCCCAAUGACGCGAAACAUCACAAAGUCAGAUCCGUUCAAUGCGCUUAAAAAUGCUUGUGAUCUGGCCAACAUUGGUGUAACCGCAAUAAUUACAACUGCCACUUGUCCGGUUGCAUCGACGAUUCAAUCACUUACUGAGAAUCUGCACAUCCCAUUGUUACAGGUUGACGAAGUGAGGUGCAAACAACAACCCGGAAACUUUAUGUUUUCACCGAAACCGGAUGCCAAGAUUUUUAUCAACACCUUGAUCGAGUAUAUGAACAGCAGACACAUCUUUAACGCUAUUAUUAUUUGCGAGGAAGAUCAAGACACAGCAAUGGCAGAAGAGCUGACGUAUCAAAUAAAUGACGGCAAGCAACGCCGAGGUUUUCCAACCAAAUUCCUUAUUCGGAUUUCUGCCCCAAACUCAACUUCUUCAUGGUCAGAUGAGGUUGCAAAGACCGCCCACCUCCUUGCAGACAUGAUCGAGACGAAUCGUUUGCUCACCAUGGAUGCGGUGAUCGUGUUUGCUCGGCCUAAAAAUGUCAUCUCUUUAAUAGGAACGGUGGAAAACAUGCCAAACCAACAAAUGUCUAUUAUUCACUGGGUUGUUCCAAACCUGAGCUUCAACUCAUGGCAUUUAGCAAAGGUCAAAUCUGCGACGGCUCGAAUAACCGUCAUCAAAACCUUCUACAACACUUCAAGACCUUCAGUCAGCAGGUUCAUUCGUGCUUGGAACGAAGACAUCAUAUCGUCGUGUGAAACAUGCGCAAGAGUGGAGGCGAAUGAAAUUCCGCUUACAGCUUACUACUUGUACGAUGGUGUGCUUCAUCUCAGUACAGCGCUCAUUAAUUCAAUGCUGGAUAAAACAUACGUGAGUUCGGCACCGAUGACUUGCAAGUCGCAACAUAUUUCACAAGGAGGGGAACCCGUCAUGAGAAGUUUAAGGAAGUUAAACACAAGUUCUGGUCUCACCGGUUUAAAGUUGGCAGCCUCAGGUUACAAUAAAAUGUUGAACCUUGAAGUAGUGAGCAAAGGCCUUGGGAAAAACAAACCAUUUCAAUUUGAGACCGCAAUUAAAGCUUCCAAUUAUAACGGGACCGUCAUUCAUGGAAUUUCAUCUUUUAGUUGGGACGUGACACUCAAAGUAGCAACACUUGAGGAAGCACCAUUUGUGAUGAUCAACCGACACGAAAACGAACCACAUUUUCACGGCUUUGCGAUCGACCUGCUGAGUAUUCUUGCCGAUAGUUUGGGGUUUAAAUAUGAAAUAUAUGAAGUUGGAGAUAAACAAUAUGGGAGUGUUCGAGAAAAUGGAACUUGGAGUGGACUUAUUGGAGAUGUUAUGAAAGGGAAAGCAGAUAUUACUGUUGCUGCGAUGACGAUAACAGCCGAUCGUGAAACAGUUGUUGACUUUGCGAGGAGGUAUAUGGAUUAUUCUGUUGGAAUCGCGAUAAAGAAACCUCAAAUCGGUGUUUCUUUAUUUUCAUUUGUGCAGCCAUUCCAUUACAGUGUAUGGUUCUGCAUAUUAUCAUCACUUGUUCUUGUUGUUGUCUUCAUCUAUAUUUUGAACCUGGUAAGUCCUAACAGGAAAGAAAAUGGAAGCAACAACUCAAGCAAAAAGGAAGGUUUUAAAUUAAGUUCUGUGUUCUGGUUUGCAUACAGCUCAUUAAUGCAACAAGGUGGAGAUCUACACAAAGUAACAGUUCCUGUUCGUGUUGUUGUUGCCUUCUGGUGGCUCUUCACACUUUUUGUGAUAUCUUCAUACACCGCAAACUUGGCUGCUUUUCUCACAGUGAAGAGAAUGGAUUCUCCCAUAAGAUCAAUACGAGAUCUUGCAAACCAGAAAGAUUAUAGCUAUGGGACGGUUAAAGACACAAGCAUAUUUAACUUUAUUGCGAAACGUGGAGAAGAAACAACAGACACUAACGGCUUGUACAAAAUCAUGUCUCAUGUCGUGCAGGACCGAUCAAAUGAAGUGCAUGACGCUGCGCGAGGGUUCCAACGCGCAGCAAACGGUCAUUUUGCUUUCUUGUGGGACGUUGCAGUUAUUGAGUAUGAGGUGAUCAAUCAUAAUUCAUGCAGCCUCACCACUGUCAAAGAUUCCAUCUAUGAUAAAGGAUAUGGUUUUGCUUUGCAGCAUGGCAGUCCAUACAGAGACCCAAUAUCAUUGAAGAUCAUGGAGUUGCAGGACAAAGGGGAAAUCGAAAAACUUAGAAACAAGUGGUGGCCCAAGACUGGGAAAUGCGUUCUGGACAAAAACCCGCCAAGUUCAGAUGGAACAGAACUUACUCUGAAUAACUUCACCGGAAUUUUCUUCGUUCUUGCUCUUGGUCUUGUACUAGGUUGUGUGAUGGCAAUGGUGGAGAUCUGUGUUCAUCUUGGGAAAGGAAAAGUUUACCCACCAGUUCACGAUGAGGAAAAAGAUAAAACAUCUCCGGACAUUCACGUGAUUUUAAGCAAAAAAGAACUUUUGCACCAACUCGUGGACGCUGUUGUUAAAGAAGCAACGGAAUAUAAUCAAAGUGAUGAAAACACAUCAACGCUUAUCGAAAGCAACUCGAAUCAAACGCCAUGUACUGACGUAUUGGUUCGAAAACGAAGUGAAAACAGUUCAUUUACAAGAUCGGUUGAAACUGUUCCCACAUUAAACAAAUCGAGCAAAGUAAGACUCGGAUCCAUCCACAGUAAACCUAUGAAUUAUUACAAGUUACUCAGUUCCCCGUGCAAACCUCCAAGUGCAGAUGGUACAUCCAGUAGUUCGAAGAUCAGCGACACCAAUAUAUCAGCGUUUAACUCCACAAUGCCGCCUUGUGACGGUUUACAGAGCAAUCAAACACAAACUUUUCCGCGCUCGAUUCGAAACGAUGGUUCAAUACUUAAAUAUCAACACGAAAACAGAUUACUUGAACCGGCAGGUGGAACCGAACCUCUUGAUGUCUCUCAUGUUAACUCGUUGUUCAAGAAAAGUUCAGUGUGAUUAACAAGACGGUAUAUCGAUGAAUGCUGUAUAUGUAUGGGAAUUAACACAAAUUAAGAAAUUAAAGUUAAAGUUAUCAAGUCAUUAUUUUUCUGAAUCACUUACGAGUGUUCUUUUUAACAAAAAUACAUAAACUUAAUUGUGUGAUCGACAACACACAAUAUCUGUAA